AAAAGGAAACCUAUCCCAAUUGUUUGUACCCGACGACCCGUGAUACAUUUUAGAAGAAAAAACCCUCAGUUAUGCCCAUUCCCCUGAGUUCGCUUUCUUCUCUCUUCCUUUCUCUCUCUAGAUUCUGAAAUGGCCACCACAAAUCACAACCACCUUCUCCGACUGGUCCUAAGCUGCCGAAAAAUCAUCGCUCAGGUGACGAACCCUAGGACCGAAUCCAUCGUGGCCAUGGCCUCAUCGUCGGAGCAAGAAUUCGCGGCGCAGUACCGAGCCAAGCUCAACCGAUUCCCGAGGUCACAUAACUUCUGGGACGCCAGGGUGGCUUCCAGAGUUGGUGAAAAACUAGGGUUUAGGCUCAAAGAGAUGGGUAUCUCCGAGGUCGACAUCGAUACUGGCGAAGAGCUUUUGCGGCCGAUUCAUCACCGGAGAAUGGUGAUCCCCUUGUUUGAUUCGGUCAAACGCGCCGGCGUCAGCGUCGCCGGUGCCGAGAAAUUGGAGUUCUAGUGUGAUCAGUUGGGUAACGAUUGAUUUAGACGAUGAUUUUUGGCAAGUGAGAUGCGACCGAUAGAAGUCGAUAGAUACAUGUAUUAAUUUACUUGUAACAAUUUAUUUGGACUUGGUGAUGUAAUACCAAAUAAUUUCUGUUGGCUUCAUGUUUUUGUUAAUAAGAAUCGUAUUAUUAUUACAUUCA